AUGUCUAAAUCAAACAUUCAGACACAAUUGACUCAAUGGGUAUCAAAAAAAGAUGAAAAGCGUUGUUGUGAUGACAGCACUGGACCCAUCACGAAAAAACUUCAUAUAUCUGAUCCACAAUCUUCCAAUUCAAAGAAUAUUAUUCCAAUUGAAUCAUCUACAUCUGAUCCACAAUCUUCCAAUUCAAAGAAUAUUAUUCCAAUUGAAUCAUCUACACUGACACAAAAUGAUGAAUCUACUAAAUUAAGUAAAACUACUUGUAACAGUGCAGUUUGUGAUGACACAUACAACAUGGACAUUGGAAACUUUUUAAGAACACCCGGUCGUACAUUAUCUGAUAAUAUUAAAGAAAAAAUAAUUAAUAUGGAUAAUAUACCACCUGAUGACUUCAUAUAUCCAUUUACUAUGAAUAUUAGAAAUGGUAAGAAUGUGAAAAGAUCAUUAAGAAAACCGUACAAUGUAUUAGAAAUAAUGUUGGUCUAUUAA